AAACUAAUCAACCACGAGUCGCGCGCGCGAGAAUUCAUCAAAAGCGACGAUUGGGAAGGUGAAUAACAGGGAGUUUGAUUCUGAUAUUGUGACUUUACAAGAGACUAGUUCUAUUACAGGUGUAUUACAGGUGUAAAUAAAUGCAUAAAGCAAGAUUGAUAAAGUUAAUAUUUAGAAAAAAUUAUAGCACGUUUCAUCAGCAAGACAUGAGCAGUUGUGAAGUGUUGAACAAGCCCAUAGAGAGUUCAAUCAGAAAGAAGUUGGAGGCUGUACUGAAACCUCUACAUUGCGAUGUCAUUAAUGAGUCCUAUAUGCAUAAUGUACCCAAAAACUCUGAGACACACUUUAAGGUAGUGAUUGUGUCAGAGAUAUUUGAGCAGCAACCAUUAAUCAAGCGACAUCGGAUGAUAAACCAGUUAUUGCAAGCGGAAUUUGAAGGAGGUUUACAUGCUCUAUCAAUAGUAGCGAAAACACCAGAGCAAUGGAAAACAAGUGAUAAAACGGUGGCUGCAAGUCCUGCUUGUAAGGGUGGUUUCAAAAAGUAACAUAUUAUAAUUUAACAAUUAAUUAUAUGAAGAUAAUAAUAUAAGCUAUGUAAAAAUAAUUUAUAUAAUUAUCACAUAAACAUAUACCAUGCGUGACUAUAAAUAAUCUUGUUCUUUUAUUAAAUGAGAUCAAUAUUUAUGUAA